GAGUACAUAACAUUAAUGGCAUCUAAGCUUGCGCAGCAUGCCCUGCACUGCGAGCUCGUUGAAGUUGGACUAGAUAACGAAGUUGACGGGGUCGGAGAACGAGAGGCGUCAUGGAAACUGCUUACCGUCUACGAAAUGGACAAUGCAGACCAGGCAACGGACUCAACAUACGACAAGAGCAAUCACAUAGAUAUGACGGGACCAAUGUCGAAUGCGAGAUUUGAUGUCAGGACUUAUGAGGAGGUCAAGAGGUGGCAGCAAGUCGACUGGGAUGGUAAUCACGCGGACAUCGUCAGUGUAGCCGUUAUGGAGUGGCAAGUCGCAGAGGGCGAUGAGAAGGAAAUCCUGGACUUCUACCAAACGGUGGCCGCUCCCACGAUUGCAUCGUCUCCGGAUUGCCUGCGAUUCCGCAUGUUCAAGAUCAAGAAUGCGACAGUACUGAAAGCAGGCUCGUACGAGACACUGGAGAAGGAGAAACUGCACACGUAUCUCACAUUAGCGGAGCUCGAGACAGAAGAGUGGCCUUGGGACGUCGUCAUCGCGCUCGGUGAGAAGCCGAAAUGGAGAGAAUACUUCGAGGGACAGAAGUUUGUGAGGUGGCAGAGCAGCCACUACCUCGUGAAGCGGAGUUAUCCUGAGGAUGUCGACGAUUGAUUUGGGAUGAGCAUACCCGCGAGCGUUGCCAGUGCUUACUCUACCAUGAGCAGCGCUUGAAGCCUAAUCACGGUCAUGUGUUGAACCUUUGCGAUAUCAACUUGGUUCUCUCACUUUCUGCAGCAGCCAACUUCAACUUGGAGGUUCCAGUCGCCAAUAUACCAACUUCCUCGAGCCAUUUGUGCAUCUUCUCUUUCUUCCUCGUCCUCUUACUCA